GACGGUUCGUUUUAGUCACGUGACUGGGGCGCGGCUGUAAUUUUAAGUUCUCCACCCUUUGCGUCUAAGAGCACUGGAAGAAAGAGAUGCUGCCGCAUAGACAACCUUAUAAUCGAUUUUAAAAGUGUUUUUUUUAAAAGGCAUCACAUGAUAUGGACCACAGACUGAUCACGUGACAGAGGCCUCCGCAACAUGGCGUGGCCUAGGGCGGCUUCUACCGCACCAAGCUAGGCGUGCGCCGAAGGCCGCAUGCGCAGAGGGGGGUGGUGGCAUCCAGUGAGGAAAGGAGGGGCUUCCAAGAUGCAAGCAAGCCAGGGAGCAGCAUUACUCACCUUUGUCCUGUGGGCACUCUGUUCGCCAGCACUGAGCACCGAAGGCAAACGGAAGCUCCAAAUCGGUGUCAAGAAGCGGGUGGACAAUUGCCCCAUCAAGUCCCGCAAGGGAGACGUGCUGCACAUGCACUACACAGGAAAGCUGGAAGAUGGGACAGAAUUUGAUAGCAGCCUGACCCGUGAUCAGCCGUUUGUCUUCACCUUGGGGACUGGGCAAGUCAUUAAAGGCUGGGACCAAGGACUGCUUGGGAUGUGCGAGGGUGAAAAGCGGAAGCUGGUGAUUCCCUCUGAGCUGGGUUACGGAGACCGGGGAGCACCGCCCAAAAUCCCAGGUGGUGCAACGUUAGUCUUUGAAGUCGAGCUGCUGAAGAUUGAGCGACGACAGGAACUGUAGCUACGUCUCUUUGGGGGAAGGGGGCAUGGGGAGGGGGGGGGAGGGUUCUGCAGAAGUGGCUGUGGAUACGUUGACAUUGAUGGGCCAAAUAAAAGCACAGACCUGA